AUGACACCAGAGCGCCAGCCGCUCCUUCCCCCCUCGGAGGUGGGAGUGCAUGAACCCGCCCUCGAGCGUAACUUUUCCUUCAUCGCGGCCCUCGGACUCGCUUUCACCCUUCUGAACACAUGGACGGCCAUGGCUGCGGCCCUCCCCGUCGGCCUCCAAUCCGGCGGCCCCGUAGUAAUGCUCUACGGCCUAAUCCUCUCAGUCCUCGGCCAGACCUUUGUCGCCGUCUCCCUCGCCGAAGUAUGCCACGUCCUUCCCAUGUCCGGCGGCCAGUACGACUGGGCGUACCUCCUCGCCCCUCCCAAAUGGCGCCGCCCCCUCUCUUUCGUGGUGGGAUGGUUAGCCUGCGCAGGCUGGGUCACGCUCUUCGCCGCCGCCGCCGCACUCACCCAAAGCCUAUUUAUGGGUGUACUCGUGUUAUGGUCGGAUACAUUGCCUGCGCGGUGGCACGAAUUCGCCCUCAUCAUCUCCUUUGUCCUCGCGAGCUUUUUCCUCAAUGCCUUUGCGUGGCCCAACGCUCUCGCUUUCCUCCUCGGCAUGCUACAGUCUACACUUACCACGUCGUCAUUCGACGCCGUCACACACCUCGUUGAGGAGAUGCCGCAACCAGCCCGGAACGCACCUAUGAUCAUGGUUCUCGCGCCUAUUACUGGUGGUAUCACCGCUUGGCCGUUCAUGCUCGUCCUCCUGUUCUGUCUCAAGAGCUGGGACGGGGUGUUGGGGUCCGCUAUUGGGCCCGUGCUCGAGAUCUACCGCCAGUCGACGGAGAGUCGUGUUGGGGCAACCUCACUCAUGCUCAUCAACGUCGUCGCCAUGUUCUUCUGCACGCAAAGCGUGCUAACCAUCUCCUCGCGCAUGGUCAUGUCCUUUGCGCGCGACCGCGGCCUCGCAAACGUAUCGCGCUUCAUCUCCCCCAUCUCGGCCCGCCUCAACGUGCCCUUCAACUCGCUCGUCUUCGUAACCGCCUGGGUAAUCAUCUUCGCGCUCAUCUACCUCGGCUCCACCGUCGCCCUCAACGCAAUCAUGUCCUCUGCCAUCUUUUUCCUACAACUCUCGUACGCCGUACCCCUUCUCCUUCUCCUCUUCCGUGGGGAGGCUGCUCUCACCGACCACCGCCCCGAACAGGGAUGGAGCCUCGGCCGCUGGAGGCGUCCCAUCAACAUCGUCGCCCUGGUGUUCUUGGCCGUUACCAGCACCGUGUUCCUCCUCCCGCCCUUCCUACCCGUCACGGCCGAGAAUAUGAACUACGCCGUGGUUGUAUUCGCCAUCGUGUUGGUCAUGUGCGCCGUCGCAUGGUUUAUUGAUGGUCGGGACAACUUCCAAGGCCCGACCGAGGUCGAGGAGCGCCUCGUCGCCGCAAAGGCUGCCUAG